AUGGGGUUCGGUAGAUGGCUUUCGCGACUCAAGGGAAAUAAAGGAGAGUCUAGCUCAUCAGACCAACCUACUGUAGGUGGUUCUUCUGCUUCUGCAGACACAGGCCGCGGGACAGAAGAGGUGAAAUUCAAAGGACCCAACGGUAAUCCCAGCGCCUCCGUCCCCGAAGCGAAAACCCAUGCAGAACCAUUACCAGAAGCCCAGAAGAUAUGGGAAGAGGCGUAUAAUUUAGUGAAGAACGAUGAAUCACUGAAGAGCAUUGUGGACGAAUAUGAGGCAGCAAUACUAUCCGAGCUCCAGUCGCUGACUGCGGACCAUGACGGCCAUCGAACUGGAGCAACGAACACGAACUCGAACACCUCGCUGAUUGGCGAACUCGCAAACCUCGACCCCGAAAGCCGACAAAAUCUCAUGACGAGACUAAUGAACAAAGAUGGCGACCGGCCCGAUCGAUUCAAGACAAUCUCGCAAAUUUCAACCGUUCUUGAGUCGACCAAGACAAUUAUUAGCUCGGCGCUUGCUGUUUAUCCACCGGCUUCAAUAGCCUGGGCAGGAGUUUGUCUGGUCCUAACGCCCGUCUUCAAUCAUGCCGAGGGACUCAAGGAGAACGAGGACGGAUUCACCUACAUCAUCUCGCGGCUACCCUGGUAUAUAUACUUGAUCGAUCUUCUCCGCUCGGAAGCCUGGAAGACGGGGGAGGAAUACCAGAAGUUCAAGAUUCCCAUCCGAAAGGAGAUUGUCAACCUCUACCGGCUAAUCAUCGAGUACCAAAUGCUCACAUUCCGGUCCUAUCGUCACCGAUCCCGUAACUUUGCGGCAAACGCCAUGGGUUUGGCCGAUUGGAAGGACAGGCUCCAGGACAUCCAGUCUGCCGAACAACAGGUCGAAGAAUUGGUGCAUCACGAUCACAUGACGCAGGUCCUCGUCAAUCUGGUCGAAGCCAAUAAACAGUCCAAGUCUUUGCAGGAUUUUGUCGAAAGCAAAGACCGGUUAAGCGAACAGAACAGACUGAUCCAGGAAUUCAAACCGAACCCCAACCAGCACGAUUACCAGGCUUAUGGAGCCUAUUACAAUCACAUUGUGACCCCCCUUGAAGGAACCAACAAUGGGGUCCGCAAUCACCCUCGGUUCAAACGAUGGGAAUCCGGAGAAGAUCGCCUGCUUCUCCUUGUGGGAAACCCGGGAACUGGCAAGUCUGUCUUCACCAAAUCAUUGCUGAAAGACCCGUCCAGAUCCGAUUCGAUAACAGUCUGUUCAUUUUUCUUCAAGGAUAAAAGUGGCCAGCAAAACAAUGCGAAUGUGGCGCUUUGCAAAAUCCUUUAUGAACUGUUUCUGGCCCAAGGGGAUCUUGUCGCUGGCGUCCAAGAAAUGGUCAAGCGUUUGGACAAAGAUGACAUACGAUGGAAUCUCGACACACUCUGCGACGUUUUUGAACGGGCAACACAAAGGGCUGCUCGUGACAGUAUAAUUGUUCUUCUGGAUGCGCUGGACGAAGCCGACCCAGAGCAGAGAACCAAGUUGCUCGUACGACUGCGACAGUUCUCAAGUCCAUCGGUCAAGUUUCUUCUCACAACGCGUCCAAUUCAGCCUGUUCUCGACAUCUUCCAACAACAGAAAGAAUUUAUCCUGAACCUGAAUGAUGACCUGAAAUGCAACGAAUCACUUUGCGACGACAUCACGAAAGUAGCAAACAGCCGAUUGGAGACAUUUGGUCGGGACAAAAAGAUUGACCGAGAAAAUAUCAAAGCAGAACUGUGUGAUCAACUUGAGCGACACAUACGGGAUAAUCGCACUUACCUGUUCGUUGGACUGCUCUUUGACUAUCUCGAUAAACAACGGAUGCAACGGCUUCCCAGCAAGUGGGUUGAGAUAUUCAAGUCCCUGCCAACAACUGUUUUUGAUACUUAUAGAGCUCUGCUGGACAACAUUCGAAAGGAAGACCGAGCUGAUGUGAGGACUAUGCUUCAAAUUGUCCUUGCAGCGCAGAGACCGCUCACGGUGAGGGAGAUGAACAUUGCCCUCAGUAUCAGUACGAUCGAUGUUAUCCACAGUACCGAAGACAUGGAAUUGUUACCAGUCGAGAACUUCAAAGCAUGGAUUCUCGAAACCUGUCACUUCUUCCUGGUCACCUACGAUAACCGCAUUCAUUUCAUCCACCAGACUGUCAGGGAUUACCUUCUACCCAAGCCACAGGAGGAUAAAAGACCCGAGUGGCUGGCUGCCGAUUUUUCAGAAGAGAGCUGCCACCAGGCUCUUAUGAAGAGUUGCAUCAAAUAUAUAUCCGCUCCAUUCGUCCAGGCACCCCUUACUACAGUGAACAGUCUGGAACAGUUCUUCAACGCCCCUCUCUACACGCAACUCGAAUGCCAGCAGUGGUUCUGUGACCUAACUCAACCGCGUGCUGCGUCCACGAUUAUCGUCAAUGGGGAAAGUGCCGGCGUCACAAGGAUAGAGGACAGUCUCAGACCAUCGGAAGAGACCGUGAUGGACACGCACGAAUUCUAUGAAUAUGCCUUCACACAGUGGUUCGUCCAUCUGGACUUUAUCCGAAAACAUGAAAAGAAGGAAUGGCCGGAGAUGCUUGACGAUAUCCAGAAGCAAUAUGUCUCCAUGUCGUUUGAUCUUGCUGAGUUUGUCUUCUGCUGCUCUAGCCUCCCCUCCAAGAAGGAGGUGGAAGUAUUCAGAACCAUGCCAUCAAUGGGUAGCGGUGAUCGUGAUCUUGCUCUGAGCUGCUUGACGCAGGGCCUAGUUACACGGUAUCACAGAACCAGCUUAUUCUCCGAGUUAUGUUAUGCCACUGAUCUGGCGAAAGAGGUCAUCGGCCGGACUGAUAGCAAUGACCAGAGGCUAGGGAGGAGACUUGUGGACAUAAGCAGGGCUUACGUGCAACAAUAUAUGGCGAGGAGCGGCGAUUAUGCUCAGUUGGCUCUCGAAUCUGCUGUGCGAGCGAUCGAAGUGACUUCGCCUGACCAUGUCGAUCGGUCUCGAGCUUUGAAAGCUCGUUCUAACGCUCUUGGCGCGCGGUUUUUCAAUGAGAAGGAUGAUGACGACAUUAACCAGGCGAUUUCUGAUAUGGAGAGCGCUCUUAACCCUACAUUAUACUCUCUGGACAAGCAAGACAAGUCGCUUUUCUUGCACGAUUAUGCAAUCUACUAUGGUUACCGGUACCUACAUAGCAGAAGGGACGCGGAUCGUGACCUGGCUAUUGAGGCUGCUCAAAAAGCCGUGGAUGGAAUCUCGUUCCGCAAUCCUCGUCGAAGUAACGCAUUGCAUACGCUGGGCGUUUGGCUCGGAGUACGUGCCAGAGACACGAAGAAGAAAGAACAUAUCGAUCAGGCCAUUGAAGUGGAUCGAGAGGCCCUCAAGAGCACGCCGCCUACGGGCGCUGAUCGUGCUUUUGUGUUGCGUCAACUGGCAUCCCACCUGCAGCUCCGAUCGGAACUUGAGGGCUCAAAGGACGAUCUGCAAGAAGCUCUGGGCUUUGCCUGCCAAGCAAUUCAUAUCAUUCCUGACUACCAUCAUCUCUACUCCCCAUGUUUGGACCUACAUGAAGCAAUACGGCAACUUGCCGAGAGGGAGAACCUGCAGCAUGGGGAUUGCGACGCUGUAUAUAUCAGAAUUUGA